ACAGUCGGCCUUAUUACACGGCAUGCUUCUCGCUCUAAAGCUUCCCUUCAAAACACUGCGUCGUUUCGAACUAUCAACGAACAAAAAGAAGGCGUAUGCUAAAAUUAUAGUCUGGGAUUCGAAUAGAGAGUGUAUGAGAGACUAGAAUUCCGUAUAGCGAGAGAGGAACCGGCUUACAGGGCCAUGGAUGAUCCAAAAACCAGAUAUGGAGCACCCGGGGACAGCGCCACCGUUGCCAGACCCCAUGUGCCUGGUUACUUGUCGUUGGAAGCACCCUUGUUGACGCCAAAUAAUUUUUACGACCCUACCGAUUUGCAGGGCAGUGUUUUGAGACCUUAUUUUCCUGGUUAUUUGUCAUCUGAACCGCCUUCGUUACGAGCACAGCAUGCUGAUUUUCCGGGUGCGCUUCUGCAGAGAGAUAUAGGAUCAUUCGGGCCUGGGGCAUAUGCUGCAGAUAAUAUUUCGGGUGUUGGAGUUCGUCCUGAACUUGGUAAUGGUGCUACAUCGGGAGUUAGCACACAGGGUUAUCCUUCUGCAUUGGAUGUUCCAACUUUGCCGAACCAAAGGCAGGAAUUUUCUAUAGGCAUCAGUCCCUGUGAAAAUGUUGAAAGAAGUACUGAAAGUCCCAGCUACUUGAGAAAUGAUAAUGGUUUUACACACCCUAAGGGUGAGUCAAAUGUUUUGUUUGUUGAUGGUCUUCCAACUGACUGUACCAGAAGAGAAGUAGGCCAUCUUUUCCGUCCUUUUAUUGGUUUUAGAGAAAUCAAAGUUGUCCACAAGGGGUCUAGACGUAGUGGAGAUAAGGCCAUGGUUUUGUGCUUUGUGGAGUUUGUUGAUGAGAAGUGUGCUCUGACUGCUAUGGAAGCUCUUCAAGGUUACAAGUUUGACAACAAGAAACCCGAUUCCCCUGUCUUGAGGAUCCAAUUUGCACAUUUUCCUUUCAGUCUACCAUCUUAUCAUGACGAGAAACCAAUCAGACGCUAAACUGACUACAACAUGGCUUCGAAUAAUAACAAAUCAGAGUUGCCAAGAGUUAUAAAUGUCAAGGAGACAAGGGUGAUAGAUGAUUAAUUGGAAUACUGUAUAUAGCUGUGGAAUUAUUCACUGUCAGUGCAAGAGGCUAACAGUGGAAUAUGGGUAUACCAUUUACUGUAUAUUUGUCUUGUUGCUUCACUAUUAUUGUCUGGUUAAAUUUCAGAAAAUCAUGUCUCAUAAUUGAAUUAGAGCAUUUAUGAUGAUGAGAUACCAAUUCUACCUUUUACGACGAAUAA